CCCAGAAACAGAAAGAUGUUCAGACCUGAGAGGCACCGUGGAGGACGACACACUGCUGCUCUCACACUUCAGGAAGCAGCCCUCAGGAUUUGGUUCACCAUCAUGCACCUCUGGAGCCUCUCUGAACUGCAGGGGGCCUCGACCCCACAGACUGCUCAGGAUGGAGCUUCUUCUUGGAGCUCCAGGCUCAGGGGGGACUCCCCCCUCCCAAGCAGCCCACUGAGGGGAGCUUGUUUCUGGAUGUGUCUGCUGCUGGGGUCCCUGCUGGUCCCUGGAGCCCGGAGCCUUUCGAACACUGAGGAGGAGCUUCUGGUGGAGCUGCACAACCAUUACAGAGGACAGGUUUCUCCCAAAGCCUCAGCCAUGAUGCCCCUGAAAUGGGAUCAAAACCUGAAGGUGCUUGCAGAGGGCUACGCUGCUAAAUGCAUCUGGAAUCACAACCCAGAUCUGGAAGAUAUAGGAGAAAAUCUGUUUGCUGGCACCGGGCCUCUGGACCUCCCAUCAGCUCUGGAGAAAUGGUUCCUGGAACACCUGAAUUAUGACUACCAGAACAACAGCUGCGAGGAAGACCAGAUGUGUGGACACUACACCCAGAUGGUUUGGGCUGACAGCCACACGGUCGGCUGCGGUUUCCACCUCUGCAAUACGAUGAGCGGACUGAACUGGGAGAACGUCUCCUUCCUCGUCUGCAACUACUUCCCAGCAGGGAACUAUGAAGACCAGCGGCCGUAUGUGGAAGGGGAUCCCUGCUCCAGUUGUCCACAUAACCUCCAGAAAUGUGAAAACAACCUCUGUGUUCCAGACAUGGUGGAUGAUGGGGAUAUAACUAGUAGUCCUUCCGAUCCUGCACCAGAGGGCACUCAUUCAUCUGCAGAUGUAGCCUUCUUUGAUACUUCAACCAAUUCUCCCACAGUUCCCAGUAUCUUGACCACUGAUGUGACAUGUUGCACCAAGAGUCCUCUUCCAGGAACUACUACUGAACAGGAAUACUUUUCUACUGAUGUUCACACAUUGUCCUCAUCUGGAAAACCUGGGGAGGAUGGGACCAAGGAGGAAGAGGAGGAGCAGAGAAGGAAGAGAAUCAUCUGGAACCAGGAAAUGUGGAGGAAGUCGGUGCCUAAGGGCAGAGUAUCUGUGGGUUCUGUGUCCAACCCAGCGGUCCUGUUGGCCUGCCUUACUGGCCGAUUUUUUCUGUAAGAGAACAAGACCAACGUUUACAGUUACUUCAGUAAAACUCAUCUGGUAAUAAUUCACACCCUUGCAGAAACCAAACUCCAUCUGUAGAAAGUCUGGACUGAACUCUGGGUCAAACAAAGUCACUAAAACCUGUUUGAUUGUUAAUGGGAUCCAUAACGUCUCCAGGAGUGGAGAAAAUCUCCCAGAGCCAAAGAAA